UUGCUGUUCCAUAACGAUACUAAACAUCUCGCCACUAUGGUACCCAGCAGAGAUGUUAUUGGGCUCAGUUUGAAUAAACACAAACCGUGGAUUGAGACUUCCUACCAUGGGGUGAUCACCGAAAAUACUGACAUUGUUCUUCUGGAUCCUCCAUUGGUUGCCCUGGAUAAAGAUGCCCCGAUUCCCUAUGCAGGGGAGAUCUGCGCAUUCAACAUCCAUGGUCUGGAUGCUCCAUUUGAGGCAGUGGUGCUGAAUGGAACAUCUGGUGAGGGUCAGCUGAGGACACGCGGCCUGGUGGACUGUGAACUACAAAAAGAGUACACCUUCAUCAUCCAAGCUCAUGAUUGUGGUUCAGGCCCUGACGGUAUGGAGGGCAAGAAGUCCCACAAGUGA